AUGUACGUGUCAUAUGAAGCGACGGGGUUGCAGGGUUAUGUGGCACGGGAGCUCCAACAUCAACUGCGAGUACAAGGGACGGUAAUAUCGAUCUAUGUGCUGAAUGAAAACAAACGUCGACGACACGAAGCGACGACUGAGCUCACGGAACGAGAACGUUCGCUACUGGAUAAAGGCAAAGACUGGCACCAAUGGCCCGAUAGUGGUCCUCCAAAUGAUCUGGGCGGCGGUCUUGGAACUGAAGGUUUGGCAGCAGGAGGCGUUGGGGUUGAAGCUCUGGGGACCGAAGGCCAGCCUGGAGACCAGAUGCGAGGUGAAAGGAUGCUAUGGUUUCGAAUAAUCCAGGACGGUCGCAUCUGUGCGUCGGUGGAGGAGUUACGGAGACUCCAAAGCUGCCCCUACGAGCUGGUAACGAGACAGGGGCUGCUGAAUGUAUUUUCAUCCGAGUUCGUAGAGACCGUCGGCAGCUUGGUGUGCACGACUGUCUCGGAGGAAGCUGUCACCUUUCUCUCCUUCUUCUACGGACACUUGCGGUCAAGCAUCCAGCUACACACUGCCCUCAGCCACUCCACUAAGGCAGACCCCUGCGCUGUCGCCAAAGCUAUCAAGGUCCAAUGGCACGGCGAAUGCGACUCACGGAAACGACCUUCCAACCCGGAACUGUGGGUGGACUCCAAUUCGGAUAUAAACUGCGGCGGUCUACCACUUCUAUUCCUUGGAAGCAGUGCCAACAGACUUAUGCCGUUGAUAGUUCGUGAUCUUUGGGGCAAUGCUUGUCGUAACACGCGAGCAAUGCUAUGGGAGUCGCUAUAUGUGAACCAUUUGCUUGGAGUGCACAGUGCUAAUGGGAGUAAUGGAGGAGAUAUUCAUGUUGCUGGUGCUGUCUUAUCUGCGGGAGCCUGUUCGCCGUUUUCUGUGUGGUUUAAUGAAAUGAUUUCUGCGUCUUCGACCACGAUAGCUUUAAAGCAUGCUGAGCGUCACGUAUUUGAUAUCAACAAGUCGAUGAGGACGGUUCGUGUGGAAGCACGACAGACUGGAGGCCGCGUGGACAGUCAUUUGUUCAUGUUGUUGUUUGGCGGGAAGCGUUUAUCACGAAAGAUUGUAAUCACUCCGUUAAUCGAUUCCUUGCCCAACCGAACUUUGUUGGGUCGGUUAUGCCCACAGUUUGACCAACCAUGGGAUCACUGCAACAGUACAUGUCAUCAAAGUACAGGCCAGCGGCAGGAACUCUGUGGUGGAGCGAUGCAUGCCGAUUUCGUAUCCAUAUCUACAGGGACCACAAGAAUCGCCACUUGUUCUAUAGGUAGCGAUAGAACAAGUGGCGAUACUACCUGUACAACAGGUAGCGGUGGAACAUGUGGCGAUGAGGAGUUUGAUGAGAAUAUGUUGGUAAAGUCGUUGAAGGAAAGUUGGUUCAACAGCAUCGACACGCACAACAUUAUCUUGCUGCCGCUUUCUCUGACUAACACUCUAAGUGUCUUGCUGCUGCUGCAGUUGGUGUGGCUCUCGGUUCCGAUGUUGCGGGAAAGAGCUCAGAUAAUCAUCGUUAAUCCGAAUUCAACUCUUUUAAACAACACUAUCCGAUUAUUGAUUGAUGCACUCUCAUAUGAGAUUCGCGACUUGUUCGUUUGCACCAAGAACUAUCUCGUGUCCAAUCUGCUGGACGGAUUCCAGAACAGGAAGAAGGAUAAUAUCUACACCAAAUAUGUUGACAAUAUCAACCUGCUGCCAGACGUAUUGGCCAAAGGCGCUCCCUUGAAAUUGAUCGUUUCGUCCCCCGAGAGUAUAGAGGAAGGCUGGACGAAAGACAUCUACUACAGAUACAUUCACCGCAACCCUGCUGCAAAACUACUUGUUUCAUCACCUCACAAUAACGGUGUUAUGACCACUGCGCCAAACGCCAAACCCAAUGACCAAUACAAUGACACACCACCGCCCGACGCAAUGUGCGAUGGGAUAAACCACCACCAGUCACACGACCAAUCAGACGACCCGCUAAACGACCAGCCAAACAAUCGGGGGAACCGUCAAGCACAGUCAACGAAGAUGCUACUCAAAACCAUCUAUAAUAUUGCUCGGAAUGCUGACGAUGCCCGUAAUGACGCUGACAUUCUUCGACAGGCAGCCCAGAUCGACGCUUAUUUUACAGCGCUGCUUGAGAACGAAUUUUACAAAGAAAUCAAUGACGCUAUGAUGCAGGAACAGGAGGCUGCAUCUAGCGAAUACAACCCUAACUGUCGUCCCACCAAUAUGUCCUUAAAAGAUGAUGUCAACAGCAUCUUUGAGAACCUUAAAGACAUAAGAAAGGCUGUUAAGCAAACCAUAAACGUGAAAAUGCCCACCGCCUGGGACGAUCUGGUGGUUGCAAAUCGGCUGAUUCCAUUCGACCGAGCAUUUGGGUCAUACAAGUUAGAGGAAAAUACGGAUAGUCAUUAUUCUUGCGCCAUCGAACGUGUGUUCAAACGAAUUCCGACUGGAAUUCAGUUCACGAAAUCGCUUUUCAGGACGGCAAAUCUGCAUAUAGAGGGAUCCCAUGAAGCCCCUGUCUCCACUGGCCUGCUUCCCCUGAUUCAAAUUCCGGUGGCUGUCUGUGGUUUAGAGAUGCUGAAGGCGAAAAUGACGGACGUGCCCUGGCCGCCCGGGAGUCCUGGUCGAUGCGUGUUAUCCAACCACGAGAUUCAGCGCGUUCCCGUAGAGCACAAGCAGAGAGUGAUUUUGGACAGUUCGUCUGCCCCAGCGAGUUCGUCUAACUGGUUGUUGGGGAUCUUGAAGGGACUUGGCGAGGCAAUGAAGGGGGGUGAGCAGCAAAGUCGGAAAGUUACACGACGAGCCUUUGACAACGCAGUCUUGCCCUCACUACACACUGCGCUUCCUGUCCCCUCGACCGAUGAGGCACAAGGCACAAUGUUGGUGAAAGACUUGCCACCGGUCCAGAAAAUCGUCAAUUCAGUGUAUCACGAAUUCGUCAGCACUAUGUCUCUAAAGUCGGCGGACAGACCGCGUCUGGCGACAACCACUCACAACAGCAUCAAAACUGUCCACGUCAAAAGCAACAACAUUGGUGUGGUGCAACUGGGGGUCAUUGCGUCCAUUGUUAAAGGCAGCAGCAAAAUUAAUUAG